AUGGCUUUGACCCAAGAAUCUCUUUUGUCUUUUUUACUGGAGCACGGAGGCAAAGUGAAGAACUCGGAGCUAUUAAACAACUUCAGGAGUCUAAUCAGCUGCAGCGAUCCCGCGGAAAAGCAGCACAAUAGGGACCUUUUCAAGAAGUUGGUGAACAGCGUCGCUGUGGUCAAACAGAUCGACGAGGUAAAGUUUGUGGUUGUGAAGAAAAGGUAUCAGGACUUUGUUAAAGAGGUGGCGCAGGAUGCCUCGCAGAUGGAGGACAGUUUCUCAAGCCUAAAUACGAGCUUUUCGUACACAUCUCCUCAUCGAGCCGAGUCAGACAGGGUGAUUUAUUCGGAUAUUGAGAACAAUAAUAUAAGCUGUCCCUCAAACAUACAUGGCAACUAUUAUGGUGAUGCCAAACAUAAGUCUGUGGGGGCUAUGCUGGAAAGGAGCCCGUUACCAAGAAACAUAAGUUGUGCGGACGAAACUACUGUUAAAGUCCUGAAUAUCUCCGGAGAUCGGGCGAGCAGAGCGAGGAAAUCUGGAGCUGUGUUCGCUGUCAUAGCAGUGAAAUCCCCUCCCAGAGACUCUGCACCAGCAACACAGGAUGGAUUACAUUCCCAAGUGCAUCCGCAUAAAACCUCGGACAAACCAAUCACGUUGGUAACAAAAGUUUCUACACCAUCUAUGCCGACUCUGAAUCCUAACUUUCCAGCUUGUGCAAAAAGAGACUCCCAGUGUUGGAAAGACAGACAGACAGAGGACAUGCAACCGCCAGGCUUUCCCCUGCUGAGGCCCCAAAACAAGAGAGAUGAUGCAAAGUACUCAGAGUCUGUGCCUUUGGAGCCUUUAGCUCAUGAGUGGCUGGUAAAGUGUGCUGCUGGACUGUGGGGACAGAUCCACGGUUUGCUGCUGCAGGACACAAGGUUAGCACAGAAGAAAGACUUCAUGUCAGGUUUCACAGCCCUGCACUGGGCUGCCAAGAACGGCAACAGCGAGAUGAUACACAAGCUUGUGAAUAUCUCCAGGAAAAGAGGCACCUGUGUUAACAUCAACAGCAAAGCACACGGAGGAUACACACCUUUACACAUCGCAGCAAUGCACGGCCACACUGAAGUAAUGGUUUUGCUUGUGCAAGGUUACGGAGCCAAUGUGAAUGAAAGAGAUAAUGGUGGCAGGAAGGCCUUCCACUACCUGGGCAAAGGUGUGUCAGCUGAGGUCAGAGCACUUAUGGGAGGACUGCAGCAGAACAACUACAGGGAGAAGACAGAAGACGAAGAAUACAGAGAGCACCCGAAAGGCUUCAACACAAUUAGUAAACUCUUCCAGCCUCAUGUAGGGAAGAAACAAAAGACAACAACUAAGUUUGCUCAUGACUGGUGA